CACCUAUUCACUCCACUCAGCGUGUAUGUAGUUCCGUGUGCACGCCAUGAUAGUUCUCCUUGGUUAAUGAUCCGAAAGCUUCUCAGAAAACAUUUCAAUCGGUCGCAUUUUAAAAGGAAAUUAUUACGAAAUGUCUCGAACUGUCACGAUGUAUAAUGACGUAAGUCACAUGACAAGCACAGGAAGUAAAUCUCAAACAACAUGGCUGAAGGUGGAGCAGCAAAGAAUGUCAAAGGGCAGUUUGAUGUCACAGAUUUCAAGGACACCUUCUUGGAAUGCCCUGUCUGUGUCGAACACUUCAACCAGACAAAUCAACGUCCCCGACUUCUCAAUUCGUGUCUCCACGCCUUCUGUACAGCUUGCCUGCAGACUCUGCUCACAAACGAGGGAGGAAACCAGAUCACUUGUCCAUUGUGUCGGCAGGUCCAGACCGUGAGAGGAAAUGUCGACACAUUGCAGAUUGAUCCAGUUCGGGAUAAACUGACGGAAUAUGUACAGAUGAAGAUUGAAAAGAAAACCCUUUGCACAGAUUGUCCAGAUGAAAAUGAAGCUGAGGCCAGAUGUCAGGAAUGCUCUUCUUACCUCUGUGCCGCUUGUCGUUCAGCACACAAACGCCACCGCAUGACAAAAGACCAUACAAUAAUCACCUUGGAUGAUCCUCAGGAAAACUUGAAAAGAGGUCACUUCUGCCAGUACCACCCAGCUCAUCAAAUUGAGUUCUACUGCAACACUGAUGAGCAGCUCUGCUGUGUUUCGUGUUGCAUUGGUGAUCACAAAGACCAUGUGGUAAAGAAACUUGAAAAUGCAGCAGACACCAAAAGAGCGAAGGUAGAAAAAAAACUUCAGCUUAUUUCAAAGGCGUCAGACUUAACACAAAAAGCUCUACAAAAAGGCGCACGACAGAAAUGGACUAUAACCAACAUCACGGAACAGAGUGAAGCUGAAAUAAACACCAUAUACAACAGCUUGAAGGAUGCAGUAGAAUAUGACCGAAAACGACAACUAGCAAAGUUUGCAGAGAGAAGCCGUGAGGCAUUGGCGACAGUACAAACUACAACCAGAGAUCAUCAGCAAACCAUGGCUAAGAUUGAAGCAACACAGGAAUAUCUCACAAAACUGAAGGAGACGGCAGAUGCUGUUGAGAUGCUACAGAUGUACCCUUCUAUAAUUGGGAGUAUGGACGGGAUCACGGGAAGUGCAGUACGUCAAGUUAUUGAUGUCACAAAUCUCAGAUUUAAGGCAGACGCAACUGCUUUGAAAAAAUGUCUAUCUGAAUUUACAGAUCAUGCUAUCUCUGAAGUUGAAAAACACAUUUUAAAGGUUACUUUUGAUCGGGAUUCUGGUAUACGUCCUGCAGACAUCAUGGAUUACUUUAACCGCAUCACGGCAUGUUCAGUGGAGACCGUCAAGCUGGAGGGCAGCAACACUGCUCUGGUUUAUGUCAAAAGUAAAGGAGCCUUUAAAGCAGCGUUAAAAGACACCGUUCACUUCAUCAAUGGAUCAUUUGCAACAGCUAAAGCAGCCACUGUCCAGUAGAUGGAAAUUAAUCUGUAUGAUGUGUCCUGAAGAUAAUAGGAAACAAAACAUGAGAAUGUCUGAAGGAAAUCAUUGUUUUCACUUUGUUAGGUCACACUGACUGAGUAAAUACGAUUUUGACCUGAGCCUUUGUGAAUAUAUAAUGCUGCAUUAUGCAAUAUCAGAAUAGAUGUAGUUUUAUUGUAUUAUAUUGAAUAUGAAGCACACGGUGUCUCGGUGUCUUUGGUCGCAUCGGACAAACCUUAUCUCAAUAUGUGGAUGGACUGUCAUUAUGAUCUUCCUGGUUUCAAGAAAUACAUCUGUUUUCAUGCUUGAUUACUUACAGGAUAACUGAUUUGGAUGCAAUCUGCUU